CCAGGCCUUUGUGGAAUUGGCCGCUGCCGAACAGGAGCGGAUUGCCGCUGCAGCUGCCGAACAACAGAGACUGGUCAAAGAGGCAGCAGCUGAGCAACAGAGGCUGACCGAUGAGGCGGCCGCCGAAGCACAACGGUUGGCCAACGAGGCAGCCGUCCAAGCGCAGCUACAGUGAGAAGCCGCCGAAGCAGCGCAACAGCAACAGCGUGCUGCAAGCACACAGGUCCUGCAGAAUGAGGAGCAACGUUUCAGCGACCUCCUCACGACGUGGACUUUUCGUGCCAUCAGCCGCACGACCAGCUCCAACAGCGGCAGAGCAGGAGAAAACAGAGUUGGCUUACCUACUCAGACACCUGUUGCACACUGUGAACUGGCAGCAGGAGCAGUUGCGGCAUCACGCCCAGGCAGCAUUCCAGCAGCAGCAGAUCCUAAAAGCUGCCACAAAGGAUUGCCACACACUUGCAACGGCGAUCAAUUCUGCCAAGACACAGCAAGGGCAAGUCAAUGACUCACUUACCGUGUGCCUAAGUAUGGUUCAAGCGCAGCCUCAUGCACCAGCAGCUGCACCAACUGGUGCAUCAGCAGCUGGCCAGCAAUGGGGCCCGCGUAUAGCAGCGAUUGAAAGUACAGCCGCCACCACAACUCAGCGCAUUGAUCACAUCAUCAGCCUGAUUGACGAGGUGGGCCAGUUCGAGGCGCCUACGAUGCUCAGCAACCAAGUGACGACACUCAGAACCGAGCUGGGUCAGCUGAAGUCAAGACUGGACAGCGGCAAGGCGUACAAGAUGCCCAAGUUCAACGUAGCCAAAUUCGACGACUAUCACAAGAUCGACGCAUUGGCUUGGUGGACAGCAUUCAAUACGGAGGCCGACGUGCAUCACGUCCCCAACGAUCAGCGCCUCAACGCGCUGUACCUCCAGCUGAUUGGCGGCACCCAGGCCUUCAUGAACAAUUUGGCGUUGCAAAAGGCCUGUACGAUCACAACACUGCACACCAAGAUUGCUUGGGAAGAGUUUGAGCAGCUGUGGCAGACGCGAUUCAUGAUCCGGAAUGUGAGAAAGACGGUCAUGAACGAGCUCUACCGUUGCAGCCAAGGCACUAUGCCUACCCGAGCAUGGUUGACGAAGUGGCAGAAGUUUGUGACCACUCCGAAAUUCAACCUCGAUCUCGAGGAUUUGAGAUCCGAGUUCUCCUCUCGGUCAUGUGACGGGUUGACCAAGACUCUCGGCAACGAGCUGCAGUACGAGACCUUCGACGCAGUCAUAUCAAGAGCAAACAUUCUCAUACAAACGGACCGUGGAAAGAAGGGUGAGGAUUUCAAUAACUGGGAGGCCAACGUGCACUCCUACUUGAACUUACAGGGAGUCACGCCUGAGGACCAUGUUUUGGUGGCCUUCCAGGCCAUUCGAGACGAGGCGACUAGCUUUGCUAGGUCGCUAGCCCGCGCUACGAACUGUGAUAACGAUAUGGUGACGUAUUCGAGACUGACACCUCUCUCUGAGUUCCUGAAAUCGCUCAGGGAGCGAUUCUCAGAUGUGACGCGGGGGCUCAAAGCCUCCGACAAACUCCAAAUGAUACACACUCGCCAGUGGAAGAGUGUGCACGCCCUCAAGUCCGCCAUGGACGAACUGAUUGCGGUCCCUGGGCAUGGAGUAACCGAUGCCCAACUUCUUAACCUCUUCUGUCGCGCCCUCCCUGAGAACAUUCAGGGACAUUUCUUCGAGAAGAAGAACCAGCAGGUCAUGACUUACGUCACUCUUAGUCGGGAGGCAGUUGCAUUUGCCGCCCAAGCAUCGCCAGUUACCACGUUCUGGCACAAAGAUCUGUCAAAGGGAAAAAUGCAGAAGGGAUGCACCAUCUUGGGCCAAAUUAAGGCCAAAGAUAGUCUGAUAUUAGCAAUGGAGGAAGGUGGUGCCGACGAGGUUCCCUACUCUAACAUCGAGUGGGGACUAGAGGAGGAGGAGAACAGCGGCGCAGGCCAGGGGAGAACCUACAUCGCUGUAGCGGUCGGAGGGAGGCCGCAAGGAGGAGGACAAAGGUCCGACCAGAAUGGUCAGGCCCCAGGUGGCCGAGGACAGGGCGGCCAGGGGGUUCGCGGCAAUGGCAACCGCCAAGCGAGAGGAAGGGGAGGUUCCCCAUCUAACCGUCCGCGUUUUAGUCGACCACCUCCCAGACAAGGAUGGUGGCACCCAGGCCGGCCCGAUGGCAAGAACGCAUCAAUAGUUCUCAGUGCGUGUUCUGCAGGGACCUAGGUCAUAUCAUCAAAUUUUGUCCUAAGUAUAGGGACUGUGCUGCGUCUGGGGCAGCAAAAGACAGCCGCCGGUAGGGGUUGCAACUGCCCCUACCCCAGGAGUAUGUGGAUCUGAGCGUGCCCACGAAGUAGAGUCUCCCACUCCACAUACCUCCAUGGCAGAGGUUGCAGGCCGACAUCUAGUAGGCUGUCCAGAGAUUGCUUGUGUUAGAGUCUCUCUAGACGUUUCCCUCACAGGCUUAGCCGAGGAGUUAAGAGAGAGGAGGCAAGCUUGGGCGAAGAUGAAGAAGGAUAGUAAAGGACAACUUAUCCU